CUGCAAAUCGUGUCUCGUGGUGAUAACGCCUUGCCCGAGUAUAGUGAUGCUCAGGAGCCGAUCAUCGGCUACGAUGCUGAUCUCAUGAGAGCCAGAGCAACGCUGAGUGCCGAGGAAGAGAAGAAACUCCUCAGACGCAUAGACUGGCACUUACUGCCGCUUUUGUCUAUAAUGUAUAUGGUUAAGACCAUUGAUGCUGCAAAUGUCUCCAACGCCCGAAUCAUGGAUGAAGGAACGUCUCACAAUAUCCUGACGGAGCUUCAUAUGACCUCGAACCAAUACAAUUUUGUGACACUUGCUUAUUAUAUCUCCUGGGGUGUGACUCUCUGUUGCCAUGCCGCUGUGACCAACGCGGGUGGCCUGUACACAGUGAGGGCCUUCCUUGGGCUGUUCGAAGCUGGCCUGUGGCCAGGUAUGCUUCUGCACCUCUGUUACUGGUAUCGCCCAGAUGAGAUGGCUCCUCGGAUCGUUUUAGUUACCAUACUUGGAAAUUUUAGCACCGCAAGAGGACUGUCUGGCUGGAAAUGGAUGAUAUUGACGGAAGGUGUCUUUACCAUUUUUCUUGGGAUAUCUGUAUACCUGUUCCUCCCUGACUUUCCUUCAAACGUGACCUGGAUGUCGGAGAAGGAGAAGACCUUCACAGAAGCCAGGCUCCCUAUGAAUGCGCCGAGAGCUGCGGAGAAAGAUUUCAACUUGCGUGAAUUCUUCGCGACUUUAAAAGACAAAAGACUCUGGCUGUUCCUUCUUUGCUGGGCCUUUUUUACUGUCGGCACAACUGGCCUCACAUUCUACCAGCCCACGGUGAUCGCCAAUCUUGGAUUCACGUCGAUUGCUCAAGCACAACUUCUCAACAUACCGCCGGCAGUGUUUGCGUGUAUUUUGACUGUGAUCUUCGGCAUUUUCGCGGAUACGGGACGAAUCCCCCAACCAUCCAUCCCCCUCGGAUUCAUGAUAGUGAUUGAGGCUUGCUACGUGGUGUUGUACAUAUUUCCCAACUCUGGGGGUGUGUACGCGGCGACGGUAAUUGCCGGAGGUUUCUCCACGGCUUGGUAUACAAUGAUGUGGCCCUGGAGGGUCCAGACCACAGAGGGAGCGACGGGUUCGGCCUUUGCCAUA